AUGGCCCUGGCUGCCCAGGCCGGCGACUCCGUUGGUGCCGUUCCGCUGGCUCCCAAGUACCGAGGGAUGCUGCACGCCGGCGCCACCAUUGUCCGCGAGGAAGGUGCGCUGAGCCUGUGGAAGGGCAUCGCGCCGGCCCUGCUGCGGCAGUUCCUGUACACGGGCCUGCGCAUGGGAAUCUACGAGCCCAUCCGCAACUUCUUCGCCUUUGGCGGCACCAAGGCCUCCGACGCGCCACUGCUGACCAAGAUCCUGGCCGGAAUGGUGGCCGGCGGAGUGUCGGCGGCGGUGUUCACCCCGACGGACCUGCUGAAGGUGCGGAUGCAGGGCUCCUCGGGCCAGCGGUACAGGAGCCUCCUGCACGCCAUCAAGACCGUCGUGGCCGAGGAGAAGAUCUCGGGCCUGUGGAAGGGCAUGGGACCCACUUCGCAAAGAGCCGCAGUUGUGGCUGCGGCCGAGCUGGCGACCUACGACCAGUGCAAGCAGUUCCUGCUGGGCAACAACAUCAUGCAGGACAACAUCUACACCCACUUUGCCGCGUCCUUCAUCGCGGGAUUCGUGGCCACCGCCUCCUCGUCUCCCAUCGGUAUGCCUCGCGACCUCUCGUGCAGCUUCCGUCCGAUCAUCUUCAUCGUUGAUGCUGAUAGCACCAACCGGUCCGAUGUGCACAUUCCAACAGAUGUGGUGAAGACGCGCGUGAUGAAUCAGCCAUCGGACGCCAACGGCCGAGGGCUGUACUACCGUUCGUCGCUCGACUGCGCGCGCAAGCUGGUGGCCGCCGAGGGCGUGCGGGGCUUCUACCGUGGCUUCCUGCCCAACUGGAUUCGGUUGGGUCCCUGGAACAUCAUCAUGUUCCUCACCUACGAGCAGCUACGACGGGUCGUCGAGAGCACUAGCGUUCGUUAG